GGUUUGAAUAAAUGACACCCAUCACCCAACAAGGAAUGCUUUUUGUGUCGUCUCCUUCUCAUGCAGCACAGUGUGGUGUUGGACUAUUGUUCUCUAUAAUCCACCGUAAUCCCGCAGAAAAGUUUCCUCCAGAAUGUCAGACGCAGCCGAGCCCGUCGCAUCCACAGAGACAAAGGAGGCUCCUGGUCCAGAUGUGUCCUCCUCGCCACCAUCACCAUCUCCGCCAUACCCCUAUGAAGAGCAGCAACCUCCACCCUACUCUGCUGCACCCGAAAUGUACCCUGAACUCAAAGUCGAAACAGCUGGCACUGAGUUUCUCCAAGAUGUGGUCCAAGAAGCCCUGGACCCAGACACAAGUCCACCUAUAACCUCAUCCGCUUUUGACGACAAGACAGUGAGAAGAGCGUUUGUUAGAAAGGUGUUCUGCAUCCUGACUAUCCAGCUGCUGUUCACCUUCAGCGUGGUGUGUGUGUUCACCUUCUCCAGCGCAGUCAAAGAGGUGGUGCAAAAACACCUGGCGGCCUACAUCAGCUCGUUCGUCCUCUUCCUCGUGGUCGCCAUCGCCCUCAUCUGCUUCAGGUCCUUAAGUCGGCGUCACCCCUGGAACAUCGUGGGACUGGUUCUGGUCACCCUGAGCUUGUCAUACAUGGUGGGAACCGUUGCCUCCUUCCACGACACCAACGUUGUUAUCAUCACUAUGGGAGCAACGCUGGCCAUUUCUCUUGCAAUCAUUAUAUUCUCUGCACAGACUCGUUAUGAUUUCACCAUUUGCUAUGGCAUUCUGCUGAUUCUGCUUGUGGACUUACUCAUGUUUGGGUUCUUCUCCACCUUCUACUACUCCUACAUGGCUGAUAUCGCCUAUGGAUGUCUGGGUGCUCUGCUGUAUUCACUGUUCCUGAUGAUCGACUGUCAGAUGCUGAUGGGGACGUCGAGAUACAGUCUGGAUCCAGAGGAUUACAUCAACGCCGCGCUCAUGAUCUACCUGGACAUAGUCCUCAUCUUCCUCUACCUGCUGGGGAGGAGGUGAAAACCAUAACAUCCACAUACCCAAACACACACAGACAGACACUCCGAAGUAUUUCCACAAUGAAAAGUUCUUUAUUAUUGUUACUAUUAUUAUGUUCAUGCUGAAAAAUAUAAAAAACUGUUUUUGUUGUUUUGCAUUGCAUGUCAACCCUUACAAGAAUUUAAAUUACUGAAACAAAUGAAAACAUUACAUUUCUUUCUUUUUUUUUUGUUUUACAUUAAUAAGACACAUUCGAUAACAUUUAAGUAAUUAUUCAGGAUAAAUGCUAAUGUCAAACCUGCCUAAAGAACUGAGAGACUGAUAAUCUACUAGAUCCAUAAGGCCAUUUUGCAAUGCAAUGAAUGUUGCCACAUGUAAUAUGCAAUAAAAUACAGAUUAUAUUGAUCAGGACGUACACAAUAUAAAGCAACAAGGACAAAAAGUAGUGCAAAAUGUUCAGCAUGUUUUCUUCUUACUGUAUCACAUGGAUCCAUCCUCAUCUUCUACCCUUACCAAAGCUUCGGCAGCCACACAGUAAACCUGCAGUCCCACUUUAAUAAAUUGCUUGUUUUAGUCAACCAACAGUUCAAAACCCAAAGAUAUCAGACAAACAAAAGCAGAAA